CCUGGCACCCCGGGCCCUUGAAGCUUCCCAUGAGGCCAUGAGGCCCACGGAUCGGGGGUCCGGCCGACUCCGCUUGUCCCCCUCCAAACCUGGGGGCUGAACCCACUCUGAAAUCUCCUACAGCUCUGAGUCCUCUGGGUCCUUCUGCACAGAUGGGGAAACUGAGGCCCGGGGACACUAAGUGGAUGGGUCCUGGAUGCACUAGAAGGUCCUGCCCCCUCCAGGCCCACCUGCUCCUGCUCUGGGCGCUUCUCAGCUGUAGCUCGGGGGUCAGCGCUCAGGGUCCAGGGGAGUGGACACCGUGGGGGUCCUGGAGCCGUUGUUCCAGCUCCUGCGGGCGGGGGCUUGGCGUGCGCAGCCGGCGCUGCAUCCGGCUCCCCGGGGAGCACCCUUGCUGGGGGGAUUCCCAUGAGUACCGUCUCUGCUCCUUGCCGGACUGUCCCUUAGGGGCCGUGCCUUUCCGGGACCUUCAAUGUGCUCUCUACAAUGGCCAACCUGUUUCAGGCCUCCAACAAACCUACCAGUGGGUGCCCUUCUACGGUGCGCCCAACCAGUGCGACCUCAACUGCUUGGCCGAGGGCCACACCUUCUACCACAGCUUUGGCCGAGUGCUGGAUGGCACCCCCUGUAGUCCUGGCGCCCAGGAGAUCUGCGUGGCCGGCCGCUGUCUCAGUGCCGGGUGUGACGGUCUGCUGGGCUCCGACACCCGCGAGGAUAAGUGCGGUCGCUGCGGAGGCGCCAACGACUCGUGCCUUUUUGUGCAGCGCCUGUUCCGGGACGCCGGUACUUUCGCCGGGUACUGGAACGUGACCCUGAUCCCCAAAGGGGCCAGACACCUCCAUGUCUCCCAACAGAGCCGCAACCACUUGGCACUACUGGGGACCGAUGGGCGCUACGUGUUCAACGGGAAUUGGGCCAUCAGUUCACCCGGGACCUAUGCAGCCGCAGGUACCCAUGUGGUCUACACCCGGGAUGCUGGAAUGAGAGAGAUUCUGCAAGCCACAGGACCCACAUCCCAGGACAUGCUCCUGCAGAUCCUCCUGCGAGAGCCCAACCCAGGCAUCCAGUUCGAGUUCUGGUUGCCCCAGGAGCUCUAUGACCCCUUCCUGACACAGACACAAGCCCUGGGCUGGUCUCUGCGGCAGCCACAGCCUCGGGAAGUGGAACCUGAGCCCCGUGUGUCUGCCCCUCCCUCCACUGUCCUGCCUCGGAGAACCUCCACCCCUGCCCCAGACCUGUGCCCUGCCUGUCCUGACGCCCGUGGCCGCGCCCACCGGCUGCUCCACUAUUGUGGCAGCGACUUCGUGUUCCAGGCCCGUAUUCUAGGCCGCCUCCGCCAGGCCCAGGAGACCCGCUACGAGGUCCUCGUGUUGCUGAUCUACAAAAACCGCUUCCCACUGCGAUCCCUGGAGUACGUGUGGGCACCGGGCCGCUGCCCCUGCCCGCCACUGGCCCUGCACCGAGAGUAUCUGCUGGCCGCCCGGCGCCUGGUCAGCCCGGAUGGCACCAAAGACCAGCUGCUGCUUCCUCACUCAGGUUAUGCCCGGCCCUGGAGCCCAGCUGAGGACAGUCGUGUGCGCCUGGCUGCCCGCCGCUGCCCUGGCUGA